CAUCGAUAGAGUUUUAAGAUUUUGCAUCAUCAUGAGUCAAGAAACACCUUUGGAAGGAUAUAUCCAUGUGGUCAGUCCUAUUAAAAUUGCAUCAAACAAGGAGAAAACUAAAUAUUUUGAUUGUAAAAUGCAAACUUCAGAUGACAAGACUGAGAGAUUGGUUUGCUAUAGUCCACAAAAGCGCCUUGAAAUUCAUGAAGCAUGUGAAAAUAAAUCUCCAAUUAAAAUAUCCUCUACAAAAAGAAAGCUUAAUAAGUUUAAUUUGGCAGAAGAUAAGGAGAUUGUCAAAUCAGCAAAGAUAACAUCAACUGAACUUGAUUUUGAGUACAAUGAAAGUUUGCUCAAUAAUCUUUUAUCCAUCAAAGAGUGUCAAGAAUGCAAAAUUUACACAACAGUGGACAUCAAAGUAAAAGUACUGACAAAACCUGAUACAAAGCAACCAAUCAUGAAAAAUAAGGAAACAAAGUAUAAAACUGACUGUAUUGUUGCUGAUUUAACAGCAUCAAUAAAACUUGUGCUCUGGGAAGAAUGCAUAGACAAGGUACGUGUUGGAAAGUCGUACCAUAUGCAACACCUUACAGUUCGUAUUUUUGAAGAUGUAAAGUUUAUCAACACCAAUGAAUCUACAAUCAUCAGUGAGAUACCAGACAUUGGUAGUAUUGAUUUGAUGUCUAUGGAAUUGAACGACAGCGUUGUUAGGGGGCAAUGCAUCAGUGCUGGUGUGGAGAAAAGUCAUGCAUGCAUAGCAUGUAAUUCAACUAUUACUGAUGAGGAAGGUAAAGGUCAAGAUUCUGUAACAUGCCAAGGUUGUAAAAUGACAUUGUUAAAGAGUUUUCUUAAAACUAAGAUAGUUUGUCAAGUAAUAGUACAUAGUAGAGGAAAGAACACCAGUUAUACAUGUUUUACUGAUGCCAUCGAUAGCUUUUUAGCCCACAGAAACCUCCCAGAUUCAGAUAAAUUAACAACCAAAGAGAUAGAGGAUUUGAUGGUUCAUGGCGGAGAACAGGACAUGGUUGUAGAUGAAUGUCAAAAAAUAAUUUAUCAAUUCUUGUAAAGUCAGUCAGUAAGGUUGUAAACAGUGACGUUUUCCAUUUAACAACUUGAUUGUGUUCUUGUUUGGUGAAACKUUUACCUUAAGGUCUAUCUUAUUGUAGACAUUGUUGAUUUUGAGAAUAAAUURUUUUAUAAAGA